AGUGUUGACUUGAUAAUACUGAUGAACUAGUGUUUUAUUUGUACAAACACAAACAUCAUUCAAUAGUGUAUUUUACUCUCGGAUGUAGUAUCGAGUGCUUUUGUUGUAAUUCGCGUUUACAUUUUAAAUUUAUAAAAUGUCUGAAGAAAAGUUGGAGCUACGUAUAAUUACCUACAUGUGUCCAACACAUCCAGUGCAGUUAUAUGAAUUGAUUAUGGAGCUGCUAGAGAAAUCCUUGAAAUGCUACACAAGUUUACAGUACGAGAGCCGAACGCCAGGCCCAUUCAAAGACCGGCCAGACCCAUUUACCAGUAAUAAAGUGGAUUUAGGAUUCAUGACAGCUGGAUCAUAUAUGCGCCUUCGGAAGGCUGGCAAUAAGUCCAUAGAACUACUACCUGUAACGCCGGUAUUCACACACCAAAUGAACGUGGACAAUGAACCUGGCUAUUUCUCUGACGUUAUCAUUCACAGUGACAAAAAAGCACAUAACGUUAACACUUUGUUAGAUCUCCGUGGGUGUACGUUUGCUUACAGCGACGAAGAAUCUCUAAGCGGAAGUAAAAUUAUUUUAAAAACGUUAAAAGAGAAAGGAGAAAAUGCAUCAUUUUUCGGAUCCACAUUAAGGUCUGGAUCUCAUUUGGCAUCAGCUCAAAUGGUGCUAUCUAAACAAGCAGAGUGGGCCGCUGUUGACUCAACAACUCUAUUAUAUUCUAAAAAAUAUAUGCAGGAUGGUGGAAAAGAUAUCAUACUAUUAGAAACACUAGGAAGACUCCCACCCUAUCCUAUAGUGGUUAAUACUAGUCUUAAAGAUGAAGUUAAGAAGUCUAUAACAAAAGCAUUGCUGACACUUCCUCAGACCCAGGAAUGGAAAAAGAGGUUUGCCAAAUUUGGCAUCACAAAAUUUGAUAGCAAUACUGAUGGCUCUUACGACGGGCCGGCUGCACAGAUGUGGGCCGUCCAAAACGAAAAAAUCAACAUUCGUUAUUAUUAGAGUACUUCUGCUGAUCUCUCUUAUAUAUGUAUUGUACAUUUUAUACGUUGAUUAUAUGCCAAAAUGAUAACAUAAAAUGAAAACAAUGAAUAUAUUAAUCUGUAAAGGC